AAUCGGCGGGGCGGGGCGGAUCGGCGGGGCGGAUCAUUUGUUUAUUCAGCAUUGUUACUCGUGAAUUUCUUCAAACGAAUUCAUCUUCAGCAAACGUGGUUUAAGAAAAAAUGGCUAUUCCAGCUUUGAUCAGUUUAAAUCAUCUCAACAUUGAGGUUAUUAAAGAUCUUAUUACCAAGAGUGAUGAUGAAAUUAGAGCAACUGCUCUUAACAAUCCCAAGGCCGGUGAAGUUUAUGUCGUCCAAGUGAAUAAUGGGAAAGAUGAUUGGCGAGCAGAUGGGUAUAGGUGGAAGCAAAAUGGACGCAGUAAAAUUCCUCGUGGUUUACCACUGUACACAAAACUCCACUUUGCUACAGUUACACCAACAGGAACUUCAUGUGUUUUUCAGAAAUUUGUAUACCGUGAUCUAAGUCGGACAGAUGUUGUUGUUGUCCAUUAUAUAGGAAACCAUGAACUUGCAAUCUUAAUGCCUCAUGGAAAUUGCAGAAAAUCAAUAAGUUUUUUACCAACAGCUCCAUCUUUGCGAGAUGCAAUUAUUGAUUCUAACAACUACAAGGAUCUUCUUGUUGAUACCAAGCAUAACCAGAUCCAAUUUCAGCCUCUAAACUCAAGACAGUUGAAGUAUGUGCGUAGUGUCAAAGCAGAAUGUACUAAACUAGGCACUGAAUCUUUUUUAACAAUUCAUGAACUGGCAUAUAUGAUACCAGGUUUUGUCUGGUCCAUAUCCACGUAUCCAGACUUGUCAGUGUUGUUUGGAAUGCAAAAUUUAAUCGAUGAACUUGUGAUGUGCCCUCAAAUUUUCUUUUCAUAUGACACAACAUUUAAUUUAGGAGACUUUUAUUUGUCAAUUUUAGUUGCUUAAAUGAGUUGUUUUAAUGAGAACCCAUGUAUGCCUAUAGCAUUUGUUUUACAUGAUAGGAAGUUAGAUAAUGUUCAUAAAUAUUUCUUUAAAACAUUUAAAAGUAAACUACCAAUUUUUAAUCAGGUUGUUAUUGUGACUGAUGGUGAGAGUGGAAUGAGUAAGGCUAUUAAAAAAGUCUUACCAAAAUGGAAUCUGGUAUCUUGUUCCAAUCACAUAAUAUCUGAUGUUGAUUUUUGGCUAAAAAAACACAAUGCUUGUCAUGAAGAAAUAAUUAUCUAUAAAUCUCAAAUGCAGGAACUUCUCAGAUGUGAAAGUGAAUUACAUCUAAAAGUUAAAAUUGAUACAUUAAGGCUUUCUUGGAGUGAGGCAUUCUCAGUGUAUUUUUCAGACUACUUGUAUUCACGUAUUUUAAUAGCUUAUAUUGGUCAUCUCAGAUCUGUUGGUUUAAUGGAUAAUAUAGUUACAAAUAAUGUAUCUGAAUCAUUAAAUGCAGUUAUAAAAAAGUUUCAAGAAUGGAAAGAAGCGCCUGUUGAUUUUAUGAUUGUUGCAAUGCAUCGCCUUCAGACCUUUUAUUUGACAGAAAUUAAGCGGAGUUGUAGUGGCUUUGGACCCUACACUCUCUUUGACAGCAGUCUCCUAAUCAGUAUGUCACAUUUAAUAUGUAAUAACUUGUUUGUUUAAAAACCUUUUUUAAUUCUUUUUUAUUUGAUUUUAGAAUUAUUUAGAAAAUAUUUACAAAAAUGCUAUAUACUCACUAGUUAGUAAUGAUGUUUUAAAUUGAAAAUUAAAAUGUUUUAGAUAACACAGACGACAUACCAAAAGUAGAUAGUCCAGAACUUGUUAUUGCAGAGCUGCAAGCAGCUGCAAAUAUACCAAUGCAGCAAUGCAUACCUCCAUCUAUACGAGUGCUUUCUAACACGUUUAAUGUUGUUCAUAUUCCAAACCUAAAGGUUUUUACAGUCUCUGCAUCUGAUGGAAAUGCGCAUGUUGUGAAGUUGUAUCCGAAGGAAAACUGCACAUGUCCUUCAUCAACAAUAUGUUGUCACAUACUAGCUGUUAAACGCAGCAUUGGAAUUGAAUGUGGUGAACGCAAAAUCAUAAAUUUGACCAAAUUGCGGCGUAACUCACG